AAACAGUCAAAUGUUGAAGAUUGGGUGAAUGAACGGCGGUGUAGGUACUGCUACAGACUGAUGGUUCGUUUACAUCCAAUUCCAAGCGACGCAAUUUUGCGACAUCAUUUAUCGAGUUCCAACAACUUACUUCCCAAUUUGCACAUAAUAAAACGAAGUGUUUCGACGUGUGUGAACGUCCAGUAAAUUCGAUUUCAACCAGUGAAUUGUAUUCACAGUAUUUGUUGACCUUACUAUCAUUAUAUUCGUCAUAGCGUUAGGCUCAAUUGACCGAAUAAACAAUAUACUCACUGUGUGAACCAAAAAAUCCUAUGUUUAGAAUGGUAUUUACAUUUUCAGAGAAAACAAUAUGAAAAAUACGGGAAAAUCGAUGGCUCUUUGUGCUAGACUAUAAUUUCUUAUAGUAAAUACGCUUUUUACCCAAAUAAAUCCUAUUGCUCGUGAAACAAAGUGAUUUCAAAACUGUUUUGUGUUUGGUGCAAACAAAUUCUCAUUCCGAAUUAAUACAUUUGUCGACACUCUUGUGUGAACAAAAACGGUUUGAGUGAAUAAUAUGGAACGAAAAAAUUAAGUAUGAAAUUGAAGUUGAAAUGAUUUCAUAAAAUGUUGUCUUGAAGUACUCGUUUUGAAAUUUUACUUAGGAGAAAACAGCGAUAGUCAUCGCAAUAAAUCGAAUUCUGAUGUGUGUUUAGUUGUGUCGGCGUCAAAGAGUGAAUUUGUGCAGCGAGAAUGACUAGCAAUCCAUCUAAUCGUUUUGAUGUUGACAGACUUGAAGUUGGUUGAGAUUGCGCCAAAAUGUGAGUUUGUUUGACAAGCGCCGAUAAAACCGCUUCAUUGUGCUGGUGCGCGGUAGUAAACAGUGGAGAAUAUUUGCAUAUUACAAACACAUAACAACAAGUGGAACAACAGAACACAAAUGUCCAGCCUUUUCAUAAGCAACAAUGUUUGUUUUUGUGAUUAAAGUAUUGUGCUGUUGAGUAUAUUUUUUUCGAAUUGUUUGUUUGUUCAAAGGCUUUUGAUGAAAAAGUGUCAACGAUGAUCAACUCAUUGCCGUAUAAAAUCCGCUACGCUGACGGCGUUGAAGAAUGCAAAAAAUGUUCGGAAAUCAUUCGAAGCGGUCAUUUGCAAAUGGCAAUCAUGAUUCAGUCGGAUGACGACGACUGUUGCAUCCCCAGAUGGUAUCAUGUGAAGUGCUUUUUCAAAACGUGUCUGCCUCGAACAGAAGCUGCUUUCGAUGGAUUCGCCAAACUUCGAUAUGCCGAUCAGCUUACAAUCAAGGAACACUUGGGUACGUUGGAAGUCAACCAUGAUAUCGAGAUAGUACAAACACAGUCAGGUUUUUGCAUUGAAUUCACGCGACGAGGACAAGUUUCUUGUGCAAAGUGCCAAAACAAAAUCAAAAAGGGCGAAAUACGCAUCAUGAACGUUGUCCACGACGAAAACCAGAAUACUGCGUUUGAUGGCAAAGCAGUGUGGUAUCAUACGCUAUGUUUUGCAAGAUCUAGAUCGGAACUUGGUUGGCUUCAAUCGGGAGAGUCAAUGCCUGGCUUCAAACGACUGUCGGAGCUGGACAAGGAAACGGUAAAAAGACAAAUUCCAUUGAUAAGUCGAGGAUUGAAUCAAUUGACUGCUGAAAGCCGAACCAAUCCAAAUAAAGAGGGUCUAGAGAAGCUCAUCGAAGAACAGAACAAGGAAUACUAUGAAUUGUACGACAAACUCUCCAGCGUAAUUACAGAUCACGAUGGACGCAGUAUAUUUCGUGUCAAUGGUCAAAUGAUACCGAAAUCGCGUGUUGAGUGUUUGCAUCAUUUGACGGAUAUCAUUCUGUACGGCGCUCUACAAGCAUGCAGCGAAUGUGGAAUACGCAGUCUUGUAUUUGCCGAUACCACGUAUCUGUGUUCACAUGUCAGAACCUGGUCGAAGUGCAGCAAUGAAGUGAAAGAGCCGCAAAGGGAAAUCACAGUCAUACCCGGUCCUUUGCUGAAGAAAUAUCCAUUUCUGAAAUUAAAUCGACCGGUGCGCACACGAGCUUUGCAUUCUUUUCGUCUAACUGACGAAAAUGGUCAAGAUUUGGUUUAUGCGCCAUACAAACAUCCGCCGUUGUUCAACAUGGAAUUUGUGAUUGUUGGCAAAUUCAAACUGCCGACACAAGAAAUAGAAAGAAAACUUCGGAAAAUGGGAGCCAAAGUCGUUGAAGAUGUGCACGACAGAUUGACUGCUGUCAUUUCAAACCACCAAGGAGUUGAAUCGAUGAGAUUUGAAAUACGGCAGGCAAAGAAAUUCAAGAUUCAAGUGAUUUUGGACGAUUUUCUGACGGAAGAUUUCACAAACACAGAUCCAUAUCAGUACAUAAUCGAAAAUGAUAUAGCGGGUUGGGGUAUCGAUCCACAUAAUCGUAUCGAGCAGAGCAAAGUUGUGCCGAAAAAAACGAAUUCUUCCUAUACACAAUCACUGCCCGAAAAAAUCACGUACAAAUGGAAAGAUGGUUGCGCAGUCGAUCCUGAAUCCGGCUUGGAAGAUGAUGCCCAUGUGUACAGUGAAAUAAUCAACGGAAAACGGAUGGAAUUCUCGGUGAUUUUGGGUCUUGUUGAUAUUGAAAACGACAAAAAUUCAUACUAUCGAAUUCAGAUGUUGGAGUCAAAUCAGCAAAACAUGUAUUGGUUGUUUGAAUCAUGGGGUCGCAUAUCGACAUUGAUCGGUUCAAAACGUCUCAAGAUGGUGAGCAAAGUCGCUGGCAUCGAAAAAUUCACACACCUGUACAGAGAGAAAACGGGAAAUGAUUUUGGCAAUCAAGGAUUCAUAAAAAAACCGGGCAAAUACUACCAUCUCGAAAUUGAAUUCGACCUAUCCAAACAGACACCAAAUACAAAUAUCAAAAGCAAACUAAGUGAUUCAGUUUAUCAACUGAUGCAAAUGCUUUUUGACCUGAAACGUGUGGAAAACAUGAUAACCAAAACAUGUGACCUUGAUCUCAAGCAGAUGCCACUUGGAAAGAUCAGCGCGAACCAAAUUAAAGCAGCGAUGACCGUUCUCGGGGAUAUUUCAAACAAAAUCGAACACAGUGGAUCACUUGCUAAACUUCGAGAGGCAUCAUGCCAGUUUUACACAUUAAUUCCACAUGGGUUCGGCAUCAAUCGAUUAACAAUCAUCGAUUCCAUUGAAACGGUCAACGAGAAGAACGAACUUCUGGAAAGUUUGCUAAAUACGAAUUUGAUCUACGAGUUCCUCGACGGUAACAACGAUAAAUGCAAUCCACUUGAUGCUUGUUAUCAGAAAUUGCACACAAAAAUUGAACCAGUUGACCAGUAUUCGUCUACAUUCUUACAAAUUUGGAGUGCUGUGCAAAACACACAUGGGGCAACUCAUAAUUGGUAUACGUACGAGGUUCUGGAAGUGUUCGAAGUGCGACGUGAAGAUGAAGACGAGCGUUUUCAACAAUACGCACACCUACCAAACCAUCAGUUGCUCUGGCACGGAUCACGUCUAUCGAACAUCGUUAGCAUUCUGUCGAAUGGAUUGAAAAUCGCUCCGCCAGAAGCUCCAGCCAACGGUUACAUGUACAACAAGGGAAUUUACUUCGCAGACGUUGCGAGUAAGGCAGCGAAUUAUUGCAUAAAGGACAACAACGUCGAUGUUGGCUUGAUGUUGCUGUGCGAAGUCGCAUUAGGCCAAACACAAGAUCACUAUUUUGCCAAAAAUAACCUCACUGGACUUCCAAAUGCAAAACAGCAAUCGGUUCGAGCAUGCGGCAUUACAGUUCCGACGAAAAAUGCAAUGAUCGACGGUGUGAACGUUGCGUCUGGCGGUUUGCAACGAGUUUCAUACCAGUCAGCCCUCCUGUACAACGAAUACGUGGUUUAUGACCCAACUCAGGUCCGAAUCAAGUACUUGGUCAAAUUGAAGUUCCAUUACAAAUGAGCAACGGAUGAUCAUAUUGAAGUUCAGUCAUGGUCAUUCAUUAAGCGACAGAUCGCAUUUAGUUUGAAAACUUAUUUCUACGGACAAAAAAAUGCAGUUUUGUACCCAAAUACGUUUUGUCAAUAUUUAUAUGUUUAAACAAAAAUGAUAACAUCACAUAUAGGUAAUUCAAUAAUUCAACACAUUAAGACAACAAAUUUAAACAUGACCAAUUUAUAAAGAAUCGGUCGAAA